CCGCCACACCGUCACCACCGACACCGUCACCACCACACCGUCACCGCCACACACCGUCACCGCCACACCAUGGACAUCCCCGGCGAGGCCACUCCUCCCCCGGCCACCACCACCGGCACCGCCACCACCACCGGCGGCACCGCCAAGAAGCCGUUUGAGUGCGCGGUGUGCGGCAAGGCCUUCGCUCGCCUCCCGCACCUGCGCGUCCACCGGCGGACGCACACGGGGGAGCGCCCCUUCGCGUGCCCCCAGUGCCCCCGCGCCUUCGCCCAGUCGGGCCAGCUGCUCAACCACCGGCGGACGCACACGGGGGAGCGCCCCUUCGGCUGCGGCGUCUGCGGCAAGGCCUUCGCCGAGCUCGGCCACCUGCAGCGGCACGGCAAGAUCCACACGGGCGAGCGGCCCUUCGUGUGCACGGUGUGCGGCAAGGAGUUCAUCCAGUGCGGCCAGCUGAGGGCGCACGGGCGGACGCACACGGGCGAGCGGCCCUUCGGCUGCGGCGUCUGCGGCAAGGCCUUCGCGCAGUCCGGGCAGCUCCGGAUCCACGGGCGGACCCACACGGGGGAGGAGCCCUUCGCGUGCGCGCUGUGCGGCCGGACGUUCUCGCAGUCGGGGCACCUGCGGAGGCACCAGAAGACUCACGGAGGAGGAGGA